CGGAGCGGCAUAUUUACGGCACAUUGUGUCAAGUUCCCACGUUGCCUCGAUAAUCUCUUAUCGGUUCAACACAUUUAUAAAUAGUUCAUCUUGUUGUUCUCGUCGCACAUACCACGAGUUACGGCCGAGAGGUCAUUUUAAUCUGCUGAUGAAAUCAACUGCUUCGUUCGAAGAAAUAGUUAACAAGUUAGACUCCGCACUUCCUCUAACAACAAGGAUGCCGAACAUCAAGGUCUUUAGCGGGAGCUCCCACCCAGAUCUGGCCCAGAAAAUCGUCGAUCGUCUCGGCAUCGACUUGGGAAAAGUAGUAACCAAGAAGUUUAGUAACAUGGAAACGUGUGUCGAGAUCGGUGAAUCCGUUCGUGGGGAAGACGUGUAUAUCGUGCAGAGCGGCAGCGGCGAAAUCAAUGAUAACCUGAUGGAGCUGCUCAUCAUGAUCAACGCUUGCAAGAUAGCGUCGGCGUCACGCGUCACUGCUGUCAUCCCCUGCUUCCCCUACGCCCGCCAGGACAAAAAGGACAAGAGCAGAGCACCCAUCACCGCCAAACUCGUGGCGAACAUCCUCUCCGUAUCUGGCGCUGACCACAUCAUCACUAUGGAUCUCCAUGCAUCUCAAAUUCAAGGGUUUUUCGACAUACCAGUAGAUAACCUCUUUGCGGAGCCUGCCGUGUUGAAAUGGAUCAAAGAAAACAUUCCAGACUGGAAAACUAGUAUUGUGGUGUCACCAGAUGCUGGCGGUGCUAAGAGAGUGACAUCAAUUGCUGACCGGCUGAAUGUGGAGUUUGCACUUAUCCAUAAGGAGCGAAAAAAGGCAAAUGAAGUUGCUUCAAUGGUGUUAGUUGGAGAUGUCACGGAUCGUACGGCAAUUUUGGUUGAUGACAUGGCAGAUACAUGCGGAACCAUUUGUCAUGCUGCAGAAAAACUGAUUGAGGCGGGUGCCACAAAGGUUUACGCUAUUCUAACGCAUGGUAUUUUCUCUGGUCCAGCCAUUUCUCGAAUCAACAACGCAUGCCUAGAAGCUGUUGUUGUCACAAACACAAUACCACAGGAGAGGCACAUGCAAGAGUGUCCUAAGAUCCAAUGCAUUGAUGUAUCAAUGAUGCUUGCAGAAGCAGUUCGACGUACACACAAUGGAGAAUCAGUUUCGUACCUGUUCUCCAAUGUUCCAUAUUAGUUUAAUUCUUUAUGUUACAUUUACUUUUAUAUUUAAGAUUAGGUAACCAACAUUUACAAGAUGAUUACAUGUAUUAGAAUUUGAAAAUUCAUCUGUGUAACCAUGAUGGUUAUGAUUUUUUUAAGCUGAGUAAUGAAUGAAAUUCAGUGAAAAUAUUGUUACAUUAAAAAAUCAUCCGAACUGUUGGGUGCCUAUUAAUUUAGUUAUAAUAUUAAUCUCAUAUAGAAUUAUUACGAGAAGAUCAGAUCUAUGUUUAAUGACAUUUAGUGAUAAAUGCAUUCUGAUCUAGCCUUUCAUACUUUCAUGUCGAUAUUGUAUUUGAGAUAUUUAUGAAUUAUAAAACAGCUAAUUGGUAGAUGUGAUUUUAUGCCAUAUAGUAUAUACUUCAUUCCAAUUUUUUGCCAAUAAUUUUGUUAUCUAUGGAACUGUGGUCUGCAUUUAACUUAGAUCUUAUUUUUAUGCAGUUUUUGUAAUUUUUAAAUACAUAUUUUUCAAUGGCAUUCUUUUUUUACAUUUUCAAUUUAGUUUUAAUUACUUUAAAAGACAAAUGUGACCAGUG